CGCGUAUCUCUGCUCCCACCGAUAUUUACCUACCCGGUAGGCAGUAGCUCCAUCCCAGGAUGCCGCGAUAUAUGCAUCUUGCCCAAAGACACCAACACUUACUAUAGUCUGACAGAUUCUAGAGCAGGAGCAGGAGCAAGCAGAUCCUCCUCAGCGCCUUCCUCGAUCUCUCUCUUCCGCUCUCUUCCCUUUCCAAGCUCAAUCUAACUAAACCAACACCACCUACGUUACUUUAGUUCCCUAUCACCUUCCAAAAUCACUCCAUACAAAAUUCCCCAUCAAAUCCAAAAAGAAAAAAUGACAACAACACCUCCCCUCGUAGAGCUCGCCGACGGCUUCACCAUCCACACCCCCUCGGAGCGCGAGGCCCGCUUCAUCUACAACGAAAUCUACGCCGACCACUGCUACGACGUGCCCAACCUUCCCUCCUCACCCUUCAUCAUCGACGCCGGCGCCAACAUCGGCCUGUUCACGCUCUACUACAAGCAGAAAUUCCCCUCGGCCACCAUCCUGGCCUUCGAGCCCGCGCCCCAAACCUACAGCACCCUGCUGCGCAACCUCCGCCUGCACGGCCUCGCCGACGACCCGCGCAUCUCCACCUUCCGCUCCGGGCUCGGUGAGCGCGAGGCCGCGGCCGCCACCUUCACGUAUUAUCCCAACGCGCCCGGGAACUCGACCCUGUUCCCGGACCAGAAGGAUGGGCUGAAGCAGCUGGUAGCGAGUAAGUUCCCCGAGCACGGGCAGCAGGUGAUUGACGCGUGGCUGGGCAAGGAGGAGGUGGUGGAGGUGGAGGUUCAGCGGCUGUCGCAUUUUCUCUUGGAGUUGGAAUCAAGAAAGGGGAGGUCCGAGGAGGAGGAGCAGGGUGGGGGGUUGAAGGUGGAGAGUAUUGAUCUGCUCAAGAUUGAUGUCGAGGGGGCCGAGUUUGAGGUGCUGGCGGGGCUGGAUGAGGAGCAUUGGCCGUUGGUGAAGAACGUUGUGUUGGAGAUUACCACGGUUGGGAAUGAGGGCGCGGUGGAGAGGAUGAGGGCUUUGCUGGAACAGAAGGGGUUUGUGGUCACCGUCGAGGCGGCGCAUCCGGAUUGGUCUGAGGUGAUAGUCCUUGUUAAAGGUACCAGAGCUUGAUAGAUGUUAUCCAGCAGUCGGGGUCGAAUGGUACCGGGGUCAGCAUGAAGAAGGCCCUGUUGCAUAUUUGUGCAUUGCUAAUAUAAAGAGACCGGAAUACCUGGUAUGAAACCGGGCAGACUUCAUCCUGGAUGACCAUGGAAUAUGGGGGCAGGGUGAUUACUCCGUAAAGGAGGAACCUUGUGGCCCCUUUGGAUGACACUCGACGGCUACCUCUUACAGUUUAUGAUGUACCCUUUGCCCCGUCGGAGCAUGAGCAGAAGGAGUUCCGAUGCUUACAUAAGGCCAUGCCGCUGCCUUUCCCUGAACCGAUCUGGUCUUCGAGUCUCGAGUCACGCGUAGAGCAGAUCCAAAGAUAGUUUGGGCUGUCAGGCCGUUUUGGUAAGCCGUAGUUAUAGGGUUAGGUAAAUUUACAACUAGAGAAUUAUG